AUGACAAAUCAUACUACUGUUUCUGAAUUCAUACUGCUUGGACUUGGGGAUUUCUCAAAAGCGCAAGGACUAGUCUUUUCACUCUUCUUAGUAAUUUACAUGGUAACUAUGGUUGGGAACUUUCUCAUUGUCAUCUUGGUUGUGACCAGUCAACUUCUCCACACUCCCAUGUACAUUUUCCUAGGGAAUCUGGCUUUUCUGGAAGCCUGCUGCAGCUCAACUGUUAUACCUAAAAUGUUGUUGAUCCUGUUAACAGGAGAUAAUCACAUACCUUUUAAAGCCUGCUUCAUACAGUUUUUUAUAUUUGCUUGCCUAGGAGGUGCUGAAUGCUAUCUCCUAGCGAUGAUGUCUUAUGACAGAUACCUAGCCAUAUGUAAGCCACUUCAUUAUGCUAGUCUCAUGAGUGGCAAGCUGAGUUUCCACUUAGCAGCUGUGUCUUGGGCAAGUGGUUUGCUGGUGAGCACAAGCUUAAGUUUGAAUAUGUCACAGUUAUCUUUUUGUGGCCCCAAUGAGAUUGAUCAUUAUUUUUGUGAUGUUGUUUUUGACAUAAGAGAAAUCUCCUGCAGUGACACCUUCCUCUCUGAACUGUCUUCCUUUAUAUUUGCCUGUAUAUUUACCCUGCCUCCAUUUGUUCUCAUCUUGACCUCUUAUAUUUCCAUCAUUGUUACCAUCCUGAGAAUGCCAUCCAUCACUGGAAGGCAAAAAGCUUUCUCUACCUGUUCUUCUCAUCUCAUAGUGGUUGGCUUGUAUUAUGGAACACUGAUGCUUGUCUAUCUUCUCCCAAGAACCAAGAAAUUGAAACAUGUAAAGAAAUUCUUCUCUCUCUUCUAUACAGCUUUGAGUCCCAUGAUUAAUCCUCUCAUAUACAGUCUUAGAAACAAUGAAGUAAAGGAUGCCUUGAGCAGUGGGUUGGAGAGACUUAUACUAUGCAUGAUGCAUCAUAGUGCCAACUUUUGGAAGUAA